AUGCAAGCAGUGUGGCACAAAGAGCUGAGCGUAGCACCUGCUGGCACCACACCAGGGGCCUCAAAGGGUUGUGUGGCCUUGCCUGCAGCUGAGAAGGCUUCCCACCUCCACCUGCUCUUCAACACCGGGCUACAGAACAGACCCCCAAGAGAAGCUUCCCAGCACCGACCGCACCCAGCUGCAGCCUGUAUCAUAACCGCCCAUCAAGGGGCUGAGCCCAGCAGGCACGGCGCCUGGAGCUCUGUGGGCAAGAGGCGCCAACAGGAGCAGCCGGCCCCCAUGACGAAGACGAGGUGUCAGCUCUCCCUGGAGUUCCCCAGUGGCUCCCCUUACAGUGCGCCCACAGUGACGUUCCCGACACCCUGCCACCACCCCAAUGUAGACACUCAGAGUCAGAUCGGCCUGGACAUCCUGAAGGACAAGUGGUCCGUCCUGUGUGACGUCAGGAUUGUCCUCCUCUCCAUGCAGAGCCUGCUGGGAGAGCCCAACACUGACAGUCCUUUGAACACACACCCGGCUGAACUCUGGGACAACCCCACAGCCUUUAAGAACGACCUGCUGGAAACUUACUCCCACAGACCAACCUCCCAAGAUCCAACCUUACUCGUCUCUUCCCCCAGGAUUCUGGCUCUUGGGAAAACACUGAGCCUGAGACAGGAAAAUCACAUUCGGAUCACUUAUUCUUUCUUUUUUUUCCCCGCCCCCAAGGUGAAGAUGUUUCUUGAGAUCGUCAUACAAGGAAACGGAUGA